UUGAAGAGCUACACCUAAACAUAUCUCAACUAUCUUGAAAUAUUGACACGAUUAGUUUCGCUGUACACUGAUAUCCCCAACUUAUCCAUACUACAUAUAAGUGUGGUGCAGUAAAAGUUACUCAUUGCCUUCUUUUCCAAAGCAGUGGAGCUGGAGAAGAACAUUUGUGCUCUAAACAGCAGAUGGACUGACGCUAAUUCUGUGAAGUAAAAUACCCGAGCGCUGGUUUAAGUUUCAAUUGAGUUUACAUGCAUUGCAGAGUCUAUAAUGGCUAUAAUGGCUAAGCUUGCGGUAAGUGGUUCUGCUCUGGCAAUGGGUAGCUUGUAUAAUUCAUUGCAGAGUUCUGAAAUCCAUGGCACCCAUCUGCAGUUACCACUGAAUUCGUGCAAGAAGCCCAAAUUUCAGAGAUUAAAUUGUAGAGCUUCCAAUAGUACUCAAGAUGACGACGAGUCUGACAAUAGCAGUAAUGGCAUUGGGAAAAUUGCUUUGCAGAGGAUUGCAGAAAAGUUAAGGAAUUUGGAACGUGGUAAUGAAAUAAAGGAGGUGGGUUUUGAGCUGAAUCAUGGUUCAUCUAGGAGAAAAAAUGAUUUCCUUAGCAGACCAAAGCACAAAAUUGGGCAUAGCUUUGUAAGAAGCAGGAGCAGCUCAAUUCAUAUGAAGCCAAUGCCUAAGCAGGGGGAACUGAAAACUGAAGAGGAAGGAGAAGUAAUAUCUGAGAAAAAGAAGCCAGAUUUUGUGCCUACAUUAGCACAAUUGUCAAUACCUGGACAACAGCUAAAGAGGCUUAGAACUCUUGGGAAAUACUCAGAUAAAAAGGUUACAAUUGGGAAGGAUGGCAUAUCAGAGGCUGUGAUUAACUAUAUACAUCACCAAUGGAAGAACUCUGAGGUUGUCAAGAUCAAAUGUGGUGGUAUGUCUGUGAAUAUGAAGAAAAACCAGGACAUUUUGGAGAAAGAAACUGGAGGACUGGUGGUUUGGAGGGCAAGAGAUACUAUAAUUCUUUACAGAGGAGUCAAUUACAAACAUCCUUUUGCAGAGCCUUCUCCAAUUAUAGGGGUUGAUUUGCAGUCUGUGGAUGAUAUACAAUUUGCUUCUACUAGAAAUUUAUUAAGCACAUCAGUUGGUAGAAUGAAUGGAAGCCUGCCUUUGCACACAUCAAGUGAAUGUGAGAAAACUGAUUUGGUAAAUGACAAAGGAAUAGAUUCUCUUGUUAACUCUGACACUGAAGUUAAUCAAACAGAUUUCAUCUAUGCUCCAAAUGAACAACGAUGGGAAGGAAAAUGUGACAGUCAAUUAGAUGGGUUAACUACUCAUUUUACUGACUGCUCAGCAUAUGGUUCUUCUCAAGCAGAUUCUGUUUUGUUGCCAGCAAUUGUUCCUCAACAUUUGAAACCUGCCAGGAUUCUUCCUUCUGGUAUAGAAGACAAGUUAACUGAGACCAAGAUGAGCAGUUUGCAAGAACUUGCUGAGUCAAUACCUCCUAAUUUUUCCCUUGAUAAAAAUUGUCAACCGCAGGAAUUGGCUGCAGCCAUUUUUGAACUGUGGGAACGAAGUGAAAUUGCAAAGAUUGCAGUGAAGUGUGGAGUUCAAAGUCAAAAUAAUAUUAGUGAAAAAAUGGUGGAAGAAAUAAUGGGGCUUACAGGUGGCACUCUUCUUUCAAGAAAUAAUGAAUUCAUUGUUCUGUAUAGAGGAAAGGACUUUCAUUCCUUUGAUGCAGCUUCUGUACUCACAGAGAGAAAAGCAACAAGUUUACUUACAAAGAAGAUAAAAAGGAAAAAAAGACAAGAAUCCUCAUCAGUCCUUGCUGAAAGGGAAUUACAGUUCAAUGUAUCCGGUACAGUAGCUCAAAAUAAAGGACGCAAAAAACAAUGGAAAAGAAGGCGACAUAGUGAAGAUCAAAAGCAGAUGCAAAAAGGAGCAUAUAAAGCUAAGCUAAGUCUUGAUAGCAAGCUGGAUCAUGCUUCAUCAAAGAAAGUUGAGGUGGAGAAUGAAUUACAUGCACUAGAAUGGGAUUUAAAAUGUGUUGAACCACCAGCUAAUCGAGAGACGAUCACCAUAGAAGAGAGACUAGUGCUUCGCAAAAUUGGUUUAAGAAUGAAUGCAUUUAUAUUGCUGGGAAAACCAGGAAUCUUUGAUGAUAUCAUUGAAAACAUACACUUGCAUUGGAAAUAUCGGAAACUAGUAAAAAUCAUUUCAAAAGAAAAUAGUUUUGUACAGGUUAAAGACUUGGCCAGAAUUUUGGAAUAUGAAAGUGGGGGAAUAUUAGUGGCAGUAGACAGUGUGGAAAAAGGUUAUGCUAUAAUUUUGUACCAUGGAAAGACUUAUCAGCGUCCAACUAUGUUGAGGCCAGAUAGUCUCUUGAGCAAGAAAGUUGCAUUAAGGCGUUGGAACAGAAUCCAGCGGCGUGAGUCACUAAGACUCGAGCUUUUGCGAGUGGAAAGGGAUAUAGAACGGCUGAAAUUUCACCUUAGUAAACUACAAGAUGUUAAGGAAGAAAUCCCUGAAGAGUUGAGUGAAGAAAUGAGAUCUGCUUAUUCUUCUGAAGAUGAGGAAGAAAAUAAUAUCCCUGAAGAGUUGAGUGAAGAAAUGAGAUCUGCUUAUUCUUCUGAAGAUGAGGAAGAAAAUAAUAUCCAAAUGAUGAGAGAGUUGGAUUCAGAAUAUGUAGAGGGCCAACAUCUAGAGGCAUCCUUGGAUCUAUAUGACAGCAGUAACAAAAAUGAAGAUGACCGAGCAGCAUUUCAGGUAGUAAAAACUGCAACCAACUUGGGUAAAGCUAUGAUCAGAACUGCAGAACACAAUAAAAAGGAAAAGACAUCUAAUGAAGUAUAUAGAGCUGAACCUCUUUCAAAUAAAGACAGACGCCUGUUGCGGGAGCUAGCUAAGAAAAUGCCGAAGCAUCCACAAUUCUGUGUUGGAAAGAAAAAUGUUGUGUCUGACCUGGCAAAGUCCAUCCGCUCACGUUUUAAAAAGCAUUCCCUUGUCAAAGUUGAGGUCAAGGAUAGGGCCAAGGGCACUUCAAUUUCUGAAAUUGCAUUCCAGCUUGAGGAAGCUACAGGAUCGUUGCUAGUACAUAGGGAACCAGGCAAAGUUGUAUUAUAUAGGGGCUGGCCAGAUGGACAAAAGAAACCCUCAUAUGAUAAAUGAAAAGGAGAAAGAUAUAAAUACAUAUACUUUGCAAAUUUAUAAAGGCUAUUUGGGAAGAGUGUACUCUGAAAUCAAACAAUUCCGGAUUGAUACUUGGAAAAGCCUGCUAAUCAGAACUUUCUGCGUAAGGAGAAGGAUCUUGAAGAAUGUGAUAUCGGGAUACAUGAUCAGGAAGAUAUCAAUCAUGAUUCAUGACCAUAGAAUUGACGAAGCAUAUAGAGCUCAUUCCAAUGUUUUCAUGUGUGACUAUUGGGAUGACAACCUUAAGAGCGAAAGAAUGGAGGUACAAACUGUUUACAAUUUCUGAUUUAUUCACAUAAACAUUCAUUGGAAAGCCCUGAAAGACAUGGCACAGAUAUGGCUUCACCUGAACCUUACAGCGAUAAGAUCGAGGGAAGGAAAAUUUGCACAUAUGUAAGGAUAUCAUAGCAAAAGAUAAGAUUGUGACUUAGGUCAUGACCAGGACAGACACCAAUUUGGCAUAUGAGCAAAAGAUCGAGGGAUGUAGUAAGCUUGUUUCUGAUGAGGACAGACUUAGCCGAAAUCCAUAACGUGGGAAGAAGACAAAGCAUGUCAGUAUUGAAAACAAACCACGCACUAGUGAUCUUUACUGAAUAAAUUAUGAGCAUUGAAUCUGAUUCUUCAUUGUUUCUUUUUUCCAUCUGAAAUAAUGCCUCCUUUUGGCAAGACCUACAAUCACAAAUUAUUUGGGAAACUGCAUUUAUUGUGUCUAAUGAAAAAGAGAAAAUCAAUAAUUGUGCGAGCUUUCAAAAAGUUGUUUCCUUGGACCUGAUUU